AACAGAGCUCCCAGUGGAAACCAGCAGGAUGGACGUCAGCAAGCGACCGGGGAUGAGGGACACAGUACUGGCGCUCCUCCUCGCCGUCCUGCAGGGUCUUCCCAUCGGGGAAGCCUCUCCGAACCCGUCCCCGCUGGCUGGAUCCAACUGGGGGAACCCGAGGAGAUACGUCCACCUGCAGACCUCCACCGAGCUCAACACCUUCUACCUGGAGAUCAGGCUGGACGGCUCGGUGCGCAGAGCCACGUCCAUGACGUCAUACAGUGUAAUUCUACUGAAGGCUGAAACACGGGAGCGCGUGGCUAUCUUCGGAGUGAAAAGCAACCGCUACUUGUGUAUGGAUUCAGAGGGCAACCCCUACACCUCGUCUGUUUGUCUCAGGGAGGAAUGUUUGUUCAACCACAAGCUUCUGGAGAACAACCGUGACAUAUACUACUCCACCCGGAACAGCAUCCUAUUCAACCUGGAGGGCUCCCGGCAGGUGUACGCAGUUGGCCAGAAUCUGCCGCAGACCGCCCUCUUCCUGCCGAAGAAGAACACGGUGCCUCUGGAGCGCCUCCUGCUGCACAGGGGGAAGAGGAAUCAAGUGGUGGACCCCUCAGACCCACAAAACGCCCUCACUCGGCAGACCGAGGACGGCUCGGACUCCAGGGCUGUGCGAGAGGACGAUGGAGACCUGGAGGUGGAGGUGGAGACUGAGGUUGGGGACGACGGGGUCGUAUCCAGGGAGACGCCGCAACAGGGGCCGUCCAACCACGACCCCUGGAACGUGCAGUCUUCCAGACAGGCUAGCCCCUGGAGCACCGGCACCUUGGGAUGAGCUUAGAGGGGCAAACUACUCUUAAAGCUGCAGUAUGGAACUUUAAUUAAAAAUACACAUUUUUACAUAUUUGUUGACACUGUUACUAUGUUCUGACAGCAUAAGACAAAAAAAUCUGAUAACUACAAGCAACCAAUCAGAGCCAGGAGGCGGAGCUUAGUGCUGUCAAUCACCCCUCUCCAUGAAUGCUAAUACUAUUUAUCAUUAAUGACACAAAUGACUGCUUAUAAAUAGUUUUCUUGUAACAGUAAGCUGUUUCUCUUCCAUUAGCGCAUUGAUCAUUGUACAUGAGGAUGAUUGACAGCGGUAAGACCCUCCUCCUGGCUCUGAUUUGUUGUUUUUGGUUGUAUUUCUUCAGAUGGCCACAGUAGGCCACAGUCUUCCCAUGCCCAGGGAAGACGUGGAGGAAAUUGAACUUUUCAUAGAUUUCCUGUCUCAUAACACACUGUUACAACGUGAAGAGAGUUUAAACAAAUUUGUAAGAACAUUUUUAAUUAUAGAAGCUACAUUCUGCUACUUGAAAGUCUUUAGUUUAGGCCAAACUACUGGUGAAUGAUUUAGAAAAACAGUGUUUACACAAUGAAGGUGGAGCAUUUCAUUUGAGUUGCAAUCACUUUUGCACAAUUUCUAUUACAUUUAAAUAAUCUGUAACAUUCACCAAAAUCAGAUCUUUAGAUUCAACCUUUUUUAAAAAUAGUACUUUAGAUACUUAGUUAAAUUCCCAAAACGUAAAUUAUAUUACAUGUAUUCACUUGGUACUUUUUAUUUUCAAAACUUAACAAAGCUCAGUGGAAAGAAUAUUUUCAAAUGUAAAUGUGUACUUUGUGGGUUUUCUUCCCACACCAACAAAGCCACAAAGAUGUUUUCCCAAGACAGAAGCCUGACUUAUCCUACCUCUGGAGGACCAAAAGGCCCGUCUGCUGGAGUGACGCCAGCCAGGCAUCGCUUAAAAUCUAACAUAUAAAUAUACAUAGAAGUAGCUACUAGUACAGUUGGGGUUUUAUUUUAUUGCUUUUACAUAUCAGAUUUUUUGUUAUUCGAUAAACCUUAACAACAGAUUAUUAUUUAAAGUUGAUUUUAACCGUAUUUGUCCACCAUCCAAUACGUGACUUGAAAAGAAGGUGACUACAGGGUAAAAAACUUUAAAAGUCAUAAUUUUGAGCUUAAAUUUGACCUCUUGUGUGAUAAAUUAUCAGGUGCUGGACACCCAGCAGAACAAAAACAACCCAAACACUAUUUAUUUAUUUAAAUCCAUUCCUUUAUUGUUAUUUAUGGUAUUUAUAAGGACGCUUUACAGUUAUAAUGUACAUACAAACUACAAAAAUAAAAAACAAAGGUUUACUUUUGAAUGUAUGAGCUGGAGUUGUUGUUGAUGGAGAAUUGCUUGAAUUUGGUGCAAAAUAAAGAGAAAAGGAAGCA